AUGAUUGUGUGGCUUGGUACUGCUGCUAUGGUUCUAGUCUCAGUGCUAUUCCUCAUCUCUUUCUGGAGAAUAGGAUUGAGAAACCAGAGAGAUGUAAAGUACCCCAAGAGCUUACCGUCAUUGCCUGUCAUUGGGAGUUUACUCCACCUUGAGAACCUGCCUCCACACCUUCUCUUCUAUAGCCUGCAGAAGAAAUAUGGCAAGCUAUACUCCCUCAAGAUGGGCUCCCAGCAGAUGGUUAUAGUUAAUAACCAUGAGGAUGCCAGGGAAGUCUUGGUGAAGAAAGGCAAAUCAUUUGCUGGGAGACCACACACCGUGACAACGGAUAUUUUGACAAAAGGUGGUAAGGGUGUUGUUUUUGCAACGUUUAGCCCCAGCUAUCAGUUUAAUCGUAAAAUGGCUCGAUCAGCACUGUGCAUGUUUGGGGAAGGAACUCUUGCCAUUGAGGAAAUCGUUUCCCGUGAAGCUACAGUCUUGUGUCAGACCCUCGCCUCCUCUCAGGGAGUCCCUUUGGACAUGGCUCCGGAGAUCAUACGGGCUGUCACUAAUGUGGUAGGCUCCCUGUGCUUCAAUGCCAGAUACAACAAAGGAGAUGCAGAGUUUGAGACCUUGAUGAAGUAUCAUAAAGGGAUAGUGGACACUGCUGGCAAAGACAUCAUGGUGGACAUAUUUCCUUGGCUUCAGAUAUUUCCGAACAAGGAUCUAAACAUCCUGCGGGAGGCGGUGGCAGCUCGAGAACAACUUCUCAGUAAUAAACUUAGGGAGCAUAAGGAAACAUUUUGCAGUGAAUCUCCCAAUGACAUGAUGGAUGUUCUCCUGAAAACCAAAGUGAGCGUGGAAAACAGCAGCAGCAUAUCACAAGGUGUGGGGAUGCCAGAAGAUGAGAUCCUCAUGACUGUAGGAGAUGUAUUUGGAGCAGGAGUGGAAGUCCCAUCUACAGCAUUGAAAUGGGCGCUUGCAUUAUUACUGCACCAUCCACAGGUCCAGAAGAAGAUCCAGAAAGAGCUGGAUACCAAGAUUGGGUUUGAACGAUAUCCACUCCUCAGUGACAGAAAAAUCCUUCAUUACAUGGAAGCUACCAUCGCUGAAGUAAUGCGUUUUCGUCCCGCAUCCCCAGUGCUUCCACCCCAUGUGGCUUUGAAAGAAUCUAGUAUUGGAGAAUACACCAUUCCUAAAGAUGCUCGUGUGAUUAUAAACCUCUGGUCUCUACACUUUGAUGAAAAGGAGUGGGUUAAUCCUCACCUCUUCAAUCCAGAUCGAUUCUUGGAUGAAAAUGGUAACCGAAUAAACCCAAGUCAGAGUUACCUUCCCUUUAGCACUGGGCUACGCACCUGUCUUGGUGAAUCCUUAACCAAAAUGGAGAUGUUCCUGUUCCUGUCUUGGAUCCUACAGAGGUUCACACUGGAAGUGCCAGAAGGGGACCCUCUGCCAGACCUGGAUGGGAUAUAUGGUCUUGUACUUCAGAUUAAACCAUUCAGAGUCAUCGGUAAGCUAAGAGACGUCUGGAAGAACGUGGAAAUCAAUACCUAA